UUCMAGACAGAAUCAUGUCAGCACAGCUCAACUCAGGAUACCGCAUGCCCCUAGUUGGCUUGGGAACCUGGAAAAGCAAGCCUGGUCAAGUCAAGAAUGCAGUUAUGGUUGCUAUAGAUGCUGGGUACAGGCAUAUUGAUUGUGCCUACAUGUAUGGUAAUGAAACAGAAGUUGGSGAAGCACUUAAGGAAAAAAUUGGAACAGUUGUGGACAGAAAAGAUUUGUUUAUAACUUCCAAAUUAUGGAACACGAAGCACUGUCCCAGUGAUGUCCGCAAUGCUUGUUUACAAACCCUUAAAGACCUUCAGUUGGACUACGUAGACUUGUAUCUUAUUCAUUCUCCAGUCUCYUUUAAAAGUGGUGAUGAGAGGUUCCCCAAGGAUGAGAACAAUAAAAUUUUGUUUGCUUAUUAUGAUCCUUGCAAUACAUGGAAGGCUAUGGAGGAACUUGUUGACGAAGGGCUUGUCAAGUCAAUAGGUAUUUCCAAUUUCAAUAGCAAACAAGUUACUGACAUCUGCAAUAUUGCACGAAUUACACCAGCUGUCAAUCAAGUAGAAUGUCAUCCAUACCUGACGCAAGUACCCUUGAUUGAACACUGCAAGAAACUUUGUGUACUCAUUUCUGCGUUUAGCCCUUUGGGCUCUCCUGAUCGUCCAUGGGCCAAACCUGGUGACCCCAGUCUUCUCGAUGACCCUAAGCUUACAGCAAUAGCCAAAAAGUACWGCAAAUCAACUGCUCAAAUCUGUAUCAAGUUUCAAGUCCAAAGAGGGAUACCAGUUCUGCCUAAAAGUGUCACACCAUCACGAAUAAAGGAAAAUUUUGAUGUGUUUGAUUUUGAGAUGACUGAUGACGAGAUGUCAAUCUUAGAAGCUUUCAAUCGAAAUUGGAGAUGUUUUAUGCCUUGUGUUGAGGUUAAUGGAAAAAAUGUCCCAAGAGACAAAGACCAUCCUCAUUUUCCAUUCAGCAUUCCUUACUAAGUUAAUAAUAAUAUAGUUAAUAAAUUCCUUUUAAACUUACCCAAUGUGAUUGGUGUCAAAAGACGUUAAUCUGUCAAUCAUACUUGUGACUAACAGUAUUUAGUCAUUGGCGUAAAGCUUCUGUUUGUUGUGAGUCACAAACAYAUUUUUAGAUAUAGGUAGUAUAUUGUGAAAUGUAGUAAAAAUAUAAAUAAUGUACAAUUGCGAGGGCAAAGGAGUUUGGUAAUUUUGUAGUGUGAAAUUAUUAAUAAAAUUGUUGUUGUUGA